GCUUUAUGUGUGGCACAUCAGUGCUGGAUAAAGAUGGUGUAAGUGCUGCUGUGGUCAUUGCUGAAAUGGCAACGUACCUGGAGAGCCAGAACCUCACACUGGCACAGAAACUCCUUGAGAUAUAUGAAAUGUAUGGAUAUCACAUAUCCAAGACCUCCUAUUUCUUGUGCUACGACCCUCCUACGAUCAAAAGGAUAUUUGAGAGGCUUCGCAACUUCGACGGCCCUCAGUCCUAUCCCAAAUGUUGUGGGGUUUACAACGUGUUACACGUCAGAGAUGUCACCACUGGCUACGACAGCAGCCAGCUGAACAAGAAAUCGGUGCUGCCAGUGAGCAAAAGCAGUCAGAUGAUCACCUUCACCUUCCAGAACGGUUGUGUUGCCACCCUUCGGACCAGUGGGACGGAGCCCAAGAUCAAAUACUACGCCGAGAUGUGUGCCCUGCCCGAGCAGAGUGACAGGAGCAUGCUGGAAGAAGAACUCCAGAAGCUGAUCGGGGCUCUGAUCGAGAACUUCCUGGAGCCGGACAAGAACGGGCUGACCUGGCGCUCGGCUUAGACCCCAUCCCUGGCAUUCCCAGGAGCCUCCAGGGGGAACAAAGGGCCCAAGAAAAGGAUCAGUUCCAAAUGUCUGUGUGUGUCUGUGUUUUUGUUCCCUGAAGAAGCAGCGUUCUUUUGUCAGGCUCUUCACCAAAGUCCGGGCUUGGAAAAAAAAAAGGGGGAGAGCAAGUUGGAGAAAACAGCAGAGUUAAUUGUUAGAGUUUUCCAUCCUCUUGACCAAAAGGUUAAUUAACCCACACCAGUGCAAAUGAACUGCCCUGAUAUGUUUAAGGCAGGUGGUCUUAGCCACGGGAUCUUGUCUUUAAACUUGCUCCAGGUACUUAAAAUACAUUUUUUUUUUCUUCAUGUGAAAAGCUUUGAAAGUCAGGUAGGGAUGAUUGCCCCAGACUGGCAAAAGUCCUGCUUCUUCCUCUCGGCUCUGUGUGACCCUCAGAAAUGGGUCUGUGCUUCCAAAAACCGUGGAAGUAGAGCUCAACAGUUCUUGUUCAGGCCAAUUGUUGACGUUUUUCAGCUGCUUAAUUUGGUGAAGGUGUUCUUGGUGCAUUUCCUGUGUCUGUCUUUAAAAAAAAGAAAAACAACUUGGCAGUGAAGCAAUAGUGACAACACCUGCAGUUCUGCUUUGGGGUUGGAAUUGUGUAGUGCCUUUCCAAGGCUUCCAGAGGAGAAGGGAUUGGUCAUUACUUGGUUAAAUUGCCCAUUCUGACUGUCAUAGGCCUUGUAGCUCUUUUUUUUUUGUCCCACCUUCCUCAAAGGGUCUUAAGCUUUUUUUUGUGUUUUCUCUGUUCGGGAAGUUUUUCUAUGCCAGUCAGUGACUUUUUGGUUUUUUUCUAACCUGAAUUUAUUUAUAUUGUUUAAAAAAAAAAAAAAGUGGAGGUGAGACACUGACACAGUUACUGAGUCAUGAUUUUUAUUAUUUUUUUAUUUUGUCAUGUCUUGUCAGCUAAUUUCUAUUUGAGUAGCACUUUUGUAAAUACUAUUAUUCUUUAUCUUUCAGGGCAAAUAUUUGACAGCUUCUCAUUAUCUGUUUUCUGAGUAGAAAGUGAUACAGCUAAUCACAUUUC